AACUUACAUUGACGUCACGCGAUGAGUAAGUUAAGUUUACUUCCGCGAGGACUGAUUACACGAGGGGUUGUUGACAUUUACACCAUAUGAUCAAUUUAAUCACCACAAUGGACAUCAUCUGGAUAACAAAAGCAAAACAGUGUCAUCAAGAACUCGGUUUCAAUGAAGCAGAUGAAGUAAGGUGUGAAGAAAUAGGUGAUGGCAACCUAAAUGAUGUAGCUCAACUAUACACGCAUGACGAUGAAGGAAAUCUUGUCAGAAGUGUUAUUGUUAAACAUUCUCUUCCAUAUAUCAAGUGUCUGGGUCCUGGGUUUCCUUGUUCUGAAGCCAGGACUGCAGUGGAGUAUCAGGCACUGGUAAAGUUCCACACUUUGUCCCCUGGCAGUGUUCCUACUCCAUAUCUGUACGACCAAGGCAUUCAUUCAAUGUUCAUGGAGGAUCUCCGUGGUUACAAAGUGAUGCGAACAGAACUGAUGGAAGGUGCUGUCAAGAUGCCAUGGAUGAGCAAUGUGGCCAUACAUCUUGCAGACAUUCAUAAACAAACCCAUCUGGCUGUCAUAGGACAAGAGGCACUGACUACAUUAGCUAAACAAUUUGAGAACACGGACAUGGUGACCUUAACCAAGCAGUACGUGUUUACAUUCCCCUUCCUGCGUGAGGGCACCAACAACAGAUGUUCCCAGGAGAUUGCCGAACAUCUGGACAGGAUAUAUGCAGACGAGCAGGUGACUAGCACUGCGAACAGAAUGCUGAAGUUGUUCUUGGAGAAGAAAGAAUGUCUACUACAUGGUGAUCUUCAUACUGGAUCGAUCAUGGUCGAUGCUGAACACGCUCGUAUGUUUGAUGUAGAGUUUGCGUUUGUGGGCCCAGCAUCGUUUGACGUUGGAAUGCUGCUGGCCAACAUAAUAUUUGAGUACUAUAGACACAUGAGUAUUGAAACCAACAAUGAUGAGCACCGACAGUUUGCGUAUCUGAUGAUUGAUGCGGGGAAAGAACUAGUGUCGGUGUAUCUUGAGCACAUGACAGCCUUCACUGGACUAGACAGAGCUACUUACAUUGAAAAUCUUGUGUCAGAGGUGGCUGGCUUUGCAGGCUGUGAAAUCAUCAGAAGACUCGUGGGAGCAGCCCAUGUGGCAGAUCUGGAAGGCAUGCCCGCCGCCCAAGUGGACUGUCUUGGAGCAGGUGUCCGUCUGUUGCAGGCUGCACACAGGAUACACACUGUGGACAGGCUCCUUGUGAUUGCACUAAUGCUUGCCUAUUAACUCUUACCACUCAGAUAAGCACUUUGACAUGUUUGUUGUCCUUAAGAACAUCAGAUUAAAUGAAAGACCUGUCUUACUAGAUUCAAUUUAUAACCCUUAGAUUCUGAUGAGCAGCAAACAGCAUAAAACCUGAACAGACUGUGAGUAACUUGUAGACUGUUCUGGUUUUUGACUGGUUGCAUAAACAUAUUUUCACUUUGCUUCUGAGCGGGACAGAACUUAAUACUUGUGUUGUUGCUAUGAUGUUAGCACAAAUGACUGAACGGAUUAUUUAAGGCAUUUAUUUGUUCAAUGGCUUGCAUAAAUAAUGUAAGAUUAGAUGAUAUUUCUUUAUUGCCAGCAUAAACAUGUUUUAUAAAGAUUGUUGUUGCUCUGAUGCAAGCAUUUAAACUUGUUCUAUAUAUACUUUUAAUGCUCUUAUAUUAGCACAAAUAAUUGUACCAUGGGUUGUUUUCGUUCUCAUGGUUGCAUAAAUACUGAAGAUAAAGCAUUUAAUUUUAUGAUGCUAGCACACAUUUGUGGUAUAUAGGCUUUUAUUCUAUGAUGCUGGCAUACUUUGUGGUAUAUAGGCUUUUAUUAUAUGAUGCUGGCAUACUUUUGUGGUCUAUAGGCUUUUAUUCUAUGAUGCUGGCAUAUGUUUGAGGUCUAUAUGCUUUUAUUCUAUGAUGCUGGCAUAAAUAAUUAUGCUAAGGUUGUUAUUUUUGUUAUUAUACACACUUUUACAACAAAUUGUGCAUUGUUAAAGAAGUUUAUAAAAUUUCAUAAUACACAUAGGGUUUGAUUAUCAUAUGUCCAUUUGUUUUUACAUAACAGGAUGCAGUUAUUUUGUUAAAUGUGUAUAAUUGUCUCAUUGAUUUACCUCUAUUUGAAAUGGAACUUUAUUUAUGACAAUCAACAUAUCAUGAAAUCAAAAGAGCUGUGAUAUUGUUUUACAUUAAGUAUUUAUUUUCACCACGUUAAAUAAUCAUCAAAGUUGCUGAACUAUUAUUGCUUCUGUUUACACUUGCUCAUUACAUUUAAUGUGUAAUUGUUAUCUAUAUCAGAUUUACCAAGUAUGCUCUAUCCCAGGAAUGUUUUGUACAGCUCUAUAAAAUUGUCAAGAAGAUGCAAUUACCUAUCGUAACAUACAGUGGAAAACCCAUAACAUGUUGUACACUGAUGAACAUAUAGCUUACAUAGAGAAUUAUUGCUGCUGUGGUCAUAAGUCCUUGGUGUGGAUAAGACUUUUAAGCUCAGUCAUGGUCUACAAGAAAAUAUCUUUUUCUGUUCCUCAAAAGAGCAAUUACCAUGAUUCAUAGGCCAAAUGUUUACACAAGACAAUAAACAUAUAUUCAAUUUUUUUAACCGCCUGAAACUGAAAUUAGGUGACAACCUUAAGAACCUGACAAUUAGCAGUGACAACGAAAAAGCAGUGGUAAAAACCAUUGAAAAAACAUUCCCCACCAGCACACAUAUUAUAUUGUACACAAGGCAUCUACAGCACCAGUUACUGAAAAUGAAAGAAAACACUGCUCGUUAUGAUGUUUAGUUACGAUGAAAUAAGCACAGCUGAUAAUUCCAUAUGUUUUUAAUCAAAGUGCAAUGACUUUAAAAUGAAAGGUUCACACAUUUCAGCUUGAUUUUCAAGGUACUUUAGAAAAAAGUUAAAGCCCCAUCUGCAAGAAAAGGUCAACGAGCCAGACAAGAAUGGAAUGGUCAAAUUUAAUUGCACAAAUGCUAACUGUGAGUAAAUACAUUAUUUCCUUAAACAAAAUGUCAUGAAGUGGACACAAGGGUUGACAAUGGUUGUCCAGCUGCUGUGUUCUUUGAUCAGGGACAAUUUAUGGAAAUUCAAACUGCUCAGAGCACUGACACUAGAUGAUUCAUGCAAGCAUUUACAGGUUACCAAGUCACACUGGAUUAGUAUCUCAAUUGAGGAACGACUGUGCAUUAGAAAUUAUGUCUACCGGUAUACAAAGUCUCAGCCACUAGGCUGGAUAUCUUCUCUAAUGGUCAGGCCUGUACUGUUACCCCUAGGUUGAACCGCAGAAAAUACAAGUAAAACCAUUAAGAAUCGCCCAAAAAUAGUGUGUGUGAAUGUUGCUAUGUUUACAGCUACUUUACAGCUGUUUGUCAAUGAUUGUUGUUGUUUUUUCUUUAGAGGCUUUUUUACUUAUUAAACAGUUGUGUGCUAUUUUACGAUGUAUGCAAUAAUAUAUGCUAGUCAGAUUUUCAUUUAUAUGUACCAGGUAAUAUUUUUAUAACUUCUAUAAAAAUAAGAAUCAAUAGCUACUGCUGAUAUUUUAACAUGAUCAUGAUUCUUGUCACUAUUUUAUUCCCUUAAAAUGUAUUUACUUCACAUGUGUAUAUCCAGAUUUUCUUGCCAUUGUAUUAAUGUGUGAUUGUAUGUUAUAAUUGACCCGCACUUAAUGCAUGUGUGUAGUGUCCCAAAUGACCAGUCAACUACGGAUUGCACAGGCUCAUGUGGGAAAAUGCAAUAAGCCCAGUUUUCCCAGAGACCGCCUAAAUGCAUCAACUGUCAGAAAUGUACUUAAUUAUGUACGUAUGAUUAUUUACCACAUAUUUAUUGAGAAUAUAAACUCAAGCAUG